GAAUAAUGCUUAUUUUUAUUUCAGGGGACAUCUUUCUCAUAUCUGGAGAUUCGAAGAAGCAGAGCUCACGUGUGUGCCAGUGCUGAGCUGUGGUCCAGAAGACAGGCUGUGUGCAGAAGUGUUCUGCAAGUGCCUUUACUGUUUGUUACCCCAGCACUGAGGAGCAAGUGUUCAGCCCAAACAGAAUGAUAUUGAGACGUUCCUGAGGUUAAUGAAACACAUUUUUUAUGGAACCACUCCGCUGCUGUAUAAACGAAUAUGCUGAAGAAGUUACCAGGAAGUUAUAUCUGAUAUAGUUAAUUAGUAAUUCUUUAUAGAGAAGGAUGCUGUAAAACAGGCUCAAAAUCCACGAUCCUUGACUCGCUGCAUGAAGAAGUGUCAGAGAGAAGAGCGUGUCCUGCUCCUGACCGAGCCCAGCAGACGGGCGCCGGGACCGUGGCCGGCGCAGGAUGCCGAGCGUUCAGGUCUUGCUUCUCGUGCUCUUGCUGGCCACUGAUUCUCUGUGUCAACAAGCUUCAGAACCCAACUGCACAGGAAUUGCUGACUUUCAGGACUGUCAGGGUAAUACGGAUAACUUUUGCCCAACUGGUAUUUCUUGUCAAUGUAAAAAUGAAGAGCCUUUUUGCAGAUGUCAUUACUACCGAGUGGGCUGGAGGGACUAUUGGUACAUGGGUCCCAAAUGCAAUCAACUGUGGAACACAUUGGAUUUGAUUUUAGUGACUGUUCUUCCUGCAGUCGCACUGUCUUUUGUAGUUGGUGUAAUAUGCCAGUGUAUAUACUACUGCAAAGGUAGAAAAAACACGAAACAGGCAAAUGCUCCACACCGUAACGCACGGCAUAAUCCUGCAUUUACUGCCGAACCGACUGAUAACUUGGGAUAUGUUUCUCAGCACCAGCCAAGGGAUGGCUGGGUUGGACAAAAUAUGAGAUUGCCAAAAGCUCAACAGAUGAAACCAGAUUUUAAUCCGUACCCAACGCCAAGUCAGUUAGAACAUAACAGUCCCAUGUCACCAGUGAGGAGACCUGAUCCACUUCCUCUGAGAGACUACUCUCCCACACGCCACCCUCAGCAAUAUGAUAGAUAUGACCAUCCAAGCUAUAAUUUGCCGUAUCCAGAUUAUGCAGAGGAGAGACGGUAUCCGAGAUACGAUGUGUCUCACAAUGCUGCACGACCAAGGGAUGAUCCAAAUGAUGAAAGAUCAGUAAGACCUUACGGGCUAGGCCACUCAGGAAAUAGAUAUAACUACUAGAAAUUCUUAGAAAUUCUUGAAAAGGUAUAGAAAGUAAUUAGAAAGCAAAUCAUAAUGUUUAUGAAAAUACGAUCUGGUUUAUUUAGUCUGUAAUUGAUAUCCAUUUAGCUUUUUGAAUACUUGAUUUUCUUCUUAGUUCAUAUAGCCACUUCUAAAUGGUGCUUAAAUUCUUGCACAUCAGGGUCCCUGGGUUCUCUCAUGGUCAACAGUGUUGUCCUUUGCCUAAAUAACAAGAAGUACCUAUCAGCAAAAGCAAGAAAACUCAUAAGAAGGGAAAAAGCCUUUCCAAAACUCAGUAGGAGGAAUAACAAAUAGGUCUAGUUAUCAUCAUUCUUUCUUCAUUGCUUCCCAGCAAAUGGAAGGUUUAAAUCCUCAUUAAUUGUAAAGCAGGGAGGGGAGGCAUUUUUCUUGUUUCACAAGAAGUCUUGUUCAAAGACAGCUUCUGCCCGAUUUUGCUUCUCAGUUUCUACUUGACCCGUCUUUUUAUUGGUAAUGUUGGCUCCACUCUGUGUCAUGAUCUCCCUCUCCAUGCAUAAUUCUGGUUCCUCAUGUGAUGCUUUUAUCGGAACCAUGAAUUUCGCUGUCAAAAAUUGCAUAGGUUCUUUGGGACAACAUAGCAGACCAAGCCUGCUGUUUCCUGACUGACUUUUUUUUUUUCCCCCCUCCUUAAAAAGCCAGUAUUUAAGGAAUGAAAACCACAAAUCAAAUACAGUUUUGAACUGAGUAGUAAAGUCUGUAUUCCUGCAGACCUUCAGGAUUAGGCAGAAGGCAGAGGGUGGGAGGUAGCAGUGCCUCUGCUCUCGGGCAUUGCUCCCUGGUCUCACCAAUUCUGCUGGCAUUGUACAAACGGAGCCAAGGCGCUCGGAUUUCCAGUAUCCCAAGACUAAUCAAAUAACAUAUUGACUGUAGCCUUCUGAGCCUGUGAGUUCAGGGACACAUCUCUUGUUUCUUUUUCACUUUGUGGCUUCCUUAAGUAGUUGUCUUUUUGAUCCUAAUAGCUCAGAUGUUUUGCCUUUUGAAAUACAGUGGCUUUUAUUGUAACCUGUUUUAUAAAUAAUGAAAAUAAACUGUGGAAAAUCAGCUACCUUACAAUUAGCUAAUAAAUAAGAAACUGAAGACUUGAAUAUUGUUCCAGUUUUUCAAAAAGUCUCAAUUAUGCUUUAAUAACAAGUGAUUUCUUUAACUUUAGAUAAUAUGCGAAGCUAUAAAACAAAUGAAAACAAAAUGUGAAGGUUUCUAGAAAUGUGACAAUAUUGAUGUUUCUUUUUGAUGAAUCACAACAUUCUUCUUUGAACACCUCUGUGCCUUAUCUGCAUCCUGACACUGUCCAUGCUCUGCA